AUGUCAACAAAAAAUUCUACAAAUAAAACUCCAUGGCGUUAUCGUCGUUUUUGGCGUUUAUUUCGACGUGAAAAACCAUCAUUAAUUGAUAUAACAUAUUCAUAUCAAUAUAUGAUGCGUUUUCCACGAUUACCUAUUACAGUCCCACCACUUGUUCCGACAUUAAUGUCGUAUCGUUGCAUUGAUUCAUUAAAUAGUUGUUUUCAACAACAAAAAAAUAAAACAAGUUAUGAUUUUUGUUUAUGUCGUGGAGGAUCUGGUAUUUUAGCUAAAAGGAACGAUGAAGAUGAUUGUGAAUCAAUACCAAAAAAACAUUCAUAUGAUAAUCAUUAUCAACAACAUACACGUCGACGUUUACCAAAACGUUAUAGUGAUAUAGUUGGUCCAUCAUCAAAUAGAGUUUAUCUUCCAAGAAAAGAUUCAAUUAAACGAGAUAAACAAACAACAAUUCAUUCUUUAUCACAAUAUAAUCAUCAAUAUACAUCAUUUAAAACAAAAUCAAAUGAAAAUUUAUAUAUAAUUAAUUCUCAUAAUAAAAAAUCUCGUGAUUUACUUUCAUCAUUUUCAAAAAUAGAAACAAAAGAUAAUUCAAUUAUUAGACAUCGUUAUAAUAGUAAAAAUAAACGUUUAUCAACAAUAAAUGCUGUUGAUCAACUUGCUCAUCGUAUGCAAGCAGCUAUGAGUACAGAAUUAAUGCAUUCACUUGAUAGAAAUUUUGUUUUUGGUGAUAAAAAACCAUUAUCAUUAUCAAAUUGUUCACAUAUAAAUCGUUCACAAUCAUUUCAUACAUCAACAUCACAAACAAAUAAAUGGUGGAAUAAAUCUUCUGAUAAAGAACAUUAUUAUUAUGUUAUACCACGAGUAAAACAUCGUUUAGAUGAUGAACAAAAAUCUAUUGGAACAAUAUCUUCAUUAGAUGAAUUAACACCUGAUUAUGAUGAUGAUGAUGAUGAUAAUAAUCAUAAUCAUAAUCAUAAUAAUAUUAUUAUUCGACGAAUUAAUAAUAAUAAUAAUAAUAAUGAUAAUACUGAUGAAAUUGAUGAAGAACCAAUCAUAGAUUAUAAUGAUUCAAAAUUAACAUUUAAUUCUGAUAUUGAAGAUAAACUAAUAACACCACCAACACUUUAUGAUCUUGGAGUUACAUCAUCAUUUAUUGUUCAACAAACAUCUAUAACACCAAGUAGUGAAACUUUUACACAAGAACAAUCAUCUAUACCACCAACACCACCACCAUUACCAAAUACAACAAUACAACAAAAAAAAUUAACAUUUCGUUGUCGUACUAUUGCUGAUAAAAUAACAGCUGAUCAUAAACUUAUUUUAAAAGAUGAUGUAGAUACAAUAACAGAAGUUCCAGAAGAAAUACCGAUAGUUCCUCAAGUUGAAGAAGAACAUUCAAAAAAAUCUUGUCCUAUUACAAAUAUUAUAUCAAAACCUUGUUAUUUACAUUUAUCAAAAGAAUUAUUAGAAAAAACAACAUUACGUAAAGUUUCUUAUCCAAUUUCACGUUCUUAUUCAACAUAUGGUUCAAUAUCACAAUUAAAUGAUCAUAAUACAGAAUCGACAACAUUACGUGGAAAAACUUCAAUUAUUAAUGAACAAUCAUUGGAUGGUUUAUCAUCAUCAGCAACAACUUCAAUUAUUAUUGAAAAUGAAUAUGAUCAUCGAACAUCAUCAAAAAUUUAUAAUGAUUAUAAACGACGAGCAUCAUUAAUAACAGUACCAACAGAUAAUACAUUAAGUCAUAGUUAUAGUCAUUCAGCUAUAAUACAUCCAAUGCAUACACAUAUUGGUGUACGUUCAUCAACAUCAUCAUCAUCAAAUGAUAAAUUAAAUGAUAAUAAUUUAUCAAAUAAAAAAAUGAAUAUUCGUGUUAUUAAUCAACUUAAUGAACAUUUAUCAAUACGUUUUCGUCAACAACAACAAGAUAUAUAUUUAACAAAAGAUAAUAAUAUUAUAUCAGAAAAUAUAAUUGAUCAUCAAAGUUAUGAUCCACCACCUGAACAAAUAAAAGAUGAUAUUCAAACAAAUGUUUAUGAUGAACCUAAUCAUAUUGAAAUAACAAAUACAUCAACAAUAAAAUGUUCUGAUAUACCAACAUCUACAAUACCACCACCGCCACCACCAUUACCAGUAGGUGGUUUUCGACCAAUUGCAUCUCAAUUAAAUCGUCCAUUAAGCUCACAACGGACAUCUAUUAUAACAUUACCACGUGAAACAAAUGGUUCUGAGUUUGGAUGUAGUACCGGUACAUCAACAAUAUCAAGUAAAUUAUCUGAUGCACGAAUUCUUCGAGAAUUACGUACAAAUCCAUUAUUUACAAAAGCUAAACAACAUCUUGAAAUUGAAACUGAUCUAAAUGGUCGACAAUUAAAUGACUCAAAAUGUUAUUUAAGACUUGAUAAAUGUUCGAAAGGUAUUUCAUCAACAAUUCAAAAUGAUAAUUCAAAUGAAUCAUUAAACAAUAAUAAUAAUAAUAAUAAUAAUAAUAAUAAUACAAAUAUGGAAACAUUUAUAAUGCGUCCUAAUGAAUUAAAUGCUAUUAUGAAUAAUACAGCGAAACGAACAAAAUCAUUGAACAGUACAACAAAAGAUAUAAAUCAAAUUACUUCAAGAACAUUGACGAAAUCAUUUCUACAAACACAAUGUCGACAAUCAGAACUUGAACUUAUCUUUCAAAAACGCGCACAACGAAACGAACAACAAAAUCCGACAUGA